AUGGCGCGCGGGGCGGCCUCUCCCCCGGUCAACCUCCCUAAGGUCUCAUUCGUGAAGGUCACCGAAGAGACGGCCAAGGCCGCCCCUGGUGUGCACGAUGGGACGGCGCGCACUUAUGGGUACAACAACUUCGACCCCAAAUUCGCUCAGCCACAACACUACAUCCGUUACAUUGAGCCUCUUGAGAGUGAUCUCGCGACCCAGGUUGAGUAUGAUAUGGAUGAGCAAGACCAAGAGUGGUUGGAUGCUGUGAAUAUGGAACGAAAAUCUCAGCAGCUCGACAAGGUCUCGUACGAAACCUUUGAGAUCAUCAUGGACAGGCUGGAGAAGGAGUGGUUCGACCUCUCGAAGAAUGUCCCGAAAACCGACAUGGGUCUUCCCUCUGAAGAGUCUCGCGAGAACACGAACGCCAUUGUCUUCUGCGACGGGUGCAAUCUGGCUGUACAUCAAGACUGCUACGGUGUCCCAUACAUCCCGGAGGGGCAGUGGCUUUGUAGGAAGUGUACAGUCUGUCCUGAGGUCCCAGUAGAAUGCAUCCUCUGUCCCAACGAAGGCGGUGCAUUCAAGCAGACUGUAUCCGGAGAGUGGGUACAUCUAUUAUGUGCCAUUUGGGUACCGGAGACAGGGGUUGCGAACGACGUCUUCAUGGAGCCCGUUACUGGUGUUGACAAGAUCUCGAAGCAACGUUGGAAGCUGAGGUGUUCUGUAUGCGGAAAGAAGCAAGGAGCUUGCGUUCAGUGUUCUAAGCCCUCUUGUUUCACGGCCUUCCACGCGACAUGUGCGCGCAGGGAGAAGCUCUUGAUGCCCAUGAAGGCCAUUCAAGGUUCGGAGGCUCCUACUCUUGCGUGUUACUGUGAAAAGCAUCUUCCGCGAGAGCAGUACGACAUCCGAGAAGCCAUGUUGAGCGCACGAGAAAUGGACAUGGACGUUCUGCACCCCAGCCCGAAAUCGAAUAAGACCGCGCGUGCCUAUGCGAAGACCUACAAGCCUGGUCCUCCUCUCGUACCCAAGAUUAUGGUCAACCGAAUCAUCCAGUACACCUCCCGCAUUCACUUUCGUCAGAAGAGCGACUUCGUACACGCGGUGUGCAAGUACUGGAGCCUCAAGCGCGAAGCUCGGCGCGGUGCUCCCCUCCUCAAGCGCCUCCACCUUGAGCCUUGGACCGCUCUUUCUGGAACCAAGCAACACACCGACGAGGAGAAGGCGCUGAAGCUGGACUACAUGAAACGGCUUCGUAACGACCUCGGUAGCCUCCAUACUCUCGCCGGUCUAGUGAAGAAGCGAGAGAAGGCUAAACGCGAGCAGUACGAAGUCAUACAAAGCGUUUUGGAACGCUUUUUCUUCCCUCACGAAGCCUACCUUCGCUACGCUUUCGAGAAGAUCACAAGCCCAGACAGGCAGGACUAUUUCAAGUCUCCAGUCAACAGAGCUGAGGUCCCCGAUUAUUACGAUGUGAUUAAAGAGCCUAUGUGCUGGGACACUAUCGACCAGAAGUUGGACCGACAUGAGUACCUCGACUUGUCACAGUUCAAGCAUGACAUCGAACUCGUCUUGGACAACGCGAUAACAUACAACGAACCCAAUUCGCCAUACUACAAGGUUGCAAUGCGUAUCCGAAAUAACCUGCCGAUGGAGCUGGAUGCACUUGACAGUCUCAUGAACCACUCACCCCCACCUCUUCAAGAGCCCAUGGACGUCGACAUCGAAGAAGAUUCAAAACCCCCCGCCGAACCUCAACCCACGGCCUCCCCCCAGCUGCCCACUCUGCCCCCUCUCGGCGACCUCGAGCCACCAUUCCCCAUCCUCGAUCUCCUCGAGUCGGAGGAGACCAUCCGUCAAGCCACGACGCUCAUCAUCACCUCCAAUCCCAUCCAGUCCCUCCUGAAUCUCGAGCACCCGCUCAUCCGACCCCCUGCUCCUCCCCCGCCCGGUUCGAAGAAGGCCAGCGGGUCAACGAAGGGGACGGACCGCAAAGCCGCACUGGCGCGGAAGCGCGCAGAGCGGCAGGCCGCACUCGAUGCGUCGCCUGGCUUCCGCUCGCUCCGGUCUCAAGGCGGGCCGUUCGACUUCGUGCCGCUCCGCUCGUCAUCCCACCCUGCCCCUGAACCAGAGUCGGAGUCGGAGGCUCCCGAGCUCGAGGUUGAACCUGAAGCGGGUCCGUCGUCAGUUCAGGAGCCUGCGGUGGAUGUCAACGCCCACGCCGACGAAAGUGUCGACAUCGACAUCGACAUCGACAUCGAAGGUGACGACGAAGCCGGUCCUGGCACCGUCAACCCCGAUGGCCUUGAGGUCACCAACGACAUGACUCAAGAACCGGAGGCGGCGACGGCAGCGCAAGAGCCAGGACCAGAGCAGGAACUUCAGCUUGAGCCCGAACCGGCAGAGCCUGAAGGGCAACCAGAAGAGGAGCCGGAACCUGUGAAGAAGCCACGGAAGCCCCGACAGCGCCACCUCCCUCCCCCACCGAAGGAGGUGCGCGAUGUUGGCAGCUGGGACUCGUUCAAGCAGUUCGAACAGGGCUGGAUCCUCCCGCCUGAGCAGAAGCGCGGAGGGCGUCGAGUCGUCGAGCGCGGGCCUGCGCCCCCGCCAAGAAAGAGACAGAAGAGGAGUACGCGCUUUCUCUUUCUUUCUUUCAGCGAUCGAACCAGCCGCCGAAACACCGCCGCGUCCCCCAAGCCUCCGCCCGAAGCCGAGUCCGAAUCCACGUCCGAGGACGAGCGCCUCGGCAGAUCAUCAUCGUCGAGCACCUCGACACGCCCGAGAUCCGGCGCGCGAAGCAGCAACGCGCCCGGCUCCUCCGCGAGAACAAGCAGCGCGUCGCGGAGGGUCUUGCGCCGCUGCCCGUCCCUGCGUUCUCCGACCUCGUUAAGGACUGGACGUCCAGCCCGGAGGUCCCGCGCCCGACCCCCGCGCUCCUCGCCGCGCCGUCUGCGGUGCGCACGCAGAAACCGAAGCCCGUCCCGCGCCGGUGAACAAGCCUGGACCGAAGCCCGGGCAGAAGGCGAAGCUGAAGGCCCUGCAGCAGCUGCAAGCUCAGCAGGCCCAGCAGACGCGCAGACGCAGAGCAAGCAGAAGGGCAAGCAGAAGGCGCAGCCGAAGCAGAAGCAGAAGCGGCGUGGGAAGAAGGCGGGCGCGCUCGAGGAGUCGUCGGACCUCACAGACUUGUCGGACGAGACGGAUGCGGAGACGGAGCAGGGCAAGCAGGCGCUCCCGCUAGUGGCUCCUCCACAGGCACGGAUUGUGAAGCGGCGGAGGGUGCCGAAGCCGCUGGACCCGAACGAACCCGGCGUGAUCACGCUCAAGCCGGGGGAGAAGCUCGAGGGAGGGACGCUCGUGUGGGCGAAGAUUGGCACCUUCCCGUGGUGGCCGGCCGUCAUUUUCGAGGAAGACGACAGGGACAUCCCGGCGACGGUGCUUUCGCAGAAGCCGACUGGCCUGGUUGGAUGUGUGCUUGUGCGAUUCUACGAAAAGAAACGAGCUGGUGUGGCUUGGCUCCCGCUCAGGAACUUGCGAUAUCUCGGCGAGAACAACACGUUGGACGGUCAGAUGCUCGCCGCUUCGAGCAAGUAUCAAACGUGGAAGAACUCCGUACGACGGACCGAGUGUCGCAACGCAUACCAGUACGAGUGA